GAUGCAACGAGGGCAGCCGCUGCCGCCGCCUGCCUCGGAUCUGCCCGUCCUCUCCCUGUGGGUGUUUGAAGAGGGCGCCUCCAAGUCAGUUAACUCCUGACGUUUGGGGAUCAUGUGAAUGGUUGAGUUCCCAUGGUUCCGUGUGAGCUCGCCUUGCCCCACCCCAUCUCUGCCUCUCUCGCGUUUCCCUUCCUCUGUCGAAUUCAACAGUAAAAUAACAACAACAACAAUAAUAGCAAUGCUAAUAAUAAUAAAUGCAAGGGGAGAGAGGAGGGGAGAUAAAAUGGGGGAGGCAAUAAAAAGAGGAGGAGGAGGAGGGAAGGAAGUAAAUAAAAGCUCCUCAUCAGGAGAGUUAUUUUCGUUUACUGGGAGGAGAUCCCGCUUGCUUUCCCCCUCUCGUUUCUCCUCCCUUCCCUUUGCUCCCCACGUUUGCAAGGGGAAGCCAAAGGGGAUUCAGCAGUCUGGAAACCGAACGUGAAAAGCGGGGAGGAAAGAGAGCGUCGGGGAGGGAGAGAGAAAGAGAGCAGCGAAAGCGAGAGAGGGAGGAAAAGAAGAAGGGGGCCUUGGAUCUCGGCAACCACCAUUAAAGGGGAGAGGGGAGAGAGAGAGAUCUAUAAUAUUUCCCUCUCUCUCUCUCUCCCCGCAACCCAACCCAGGAAAGGAAAGCGGGGACUCGUUUGGCCAGCCAGCAGCCGAAGGGUUGGCUUUGACCCCCUUCGGGCGCUGCGCCCUUUUUUGGAGAGGGAGGCGGCGUGUGUGUGUGUGUUGCGCGCGCGCGCGCUGCAAAAGGAGAAGGCAGGAAGAAGAGCAAGCGAGGAAGGCGAAGGAAGAAGAAGAAAAAAGAAGAAGAAAAAGAAGCAGAGGGAGGGAAGGGACGGGACGGGAGGGGAAAGAAGAAGAAAAAAGAGGAGCGAGGAAGAGACAAUUCUAGAUUUUCUCCGUGCCCAGGAUUUGGGGAGGUUUCUCUGCUUGGAAGCUGCUCUGCCGCCGCCGCCUUGGACCUGGAGGAUUGGAGGAUUAUAUAUAUAUAUAUAUAAUAUAUAUAGAAACAGAGACGUCUCUUAAUAUUCUCAUUUCGCCCUCCCCCACCAUUGGAGGUGGCGUGGAAGCUGGAAAUAUUUUUAAAGACCCAAUUAUUAUUAUUUUACUGCUGCAGGGGUUGGAAAAGGGGGGGGGGAGAGAAGGAAGAAGGAGGAGGCAGCUUUUUUAACCCGUGAUCCUGCGGAGAAUUUCUCUUCCCCCCCCGCGCCAGUGUGGUUUUUUCCCCCUUUUUUCUUUUUUCGUGACUGCCAAUCUCCCUCCGUUUCCUACACCCCCGUCUUCUUCUAUUCCUACCCCCCCCUUCCUUUUUCUCCGGAUCUGCAUUGCGAGAGGAUCUGGUCGAGGUGUGGGGGAGAAAAGAGGUUGGAGGCCUUGAGCAGUAGCAAAGUCAUCGCGCUCCCCCCCCCAAACCAACCCCUCCCCUCCUCUCCCCCCCCCCACCAACCCCGUAGUAGGCUCCGCACUCCGCUCCCUCCAUGUCUUUAGGCAGCGGCAGCUGCGAGUAAAAGAAUAAAAAAGGGGGGGAAGGAGAGAGGCUCCCCCCCCCCCGAGAUACACACAGCCGCCUUCUCUCCAGCGAGACCCGGUUGCUUCCUGCCCCACUCCCUUUUCUUCUCUCUAUCUCUCGGCUGCGGGUGCCCCCUCCUUUGCGCCCCCCAACCCCCGGCCUUUCCUCCCCCUUCCCUUCCCUUCCCCCCUUUCCAUUCCGCCCCCCCCAAAGAUGGGCUGCUUAGGGAACAGCAAGACUGAGGACCAGCGCAACGAGGAGAAGGCGCAGCGGGAGGCCAACAAGAAAAUCGAGAAGCAGCUGCAGAAGGACAAGCAGGUCUACAGGGCCACGCACCGGCUCCUCUUGCUGGGUGCUGGUGAAUCUGGUAAAAGCACAAUUGUCAAACAAAUGCGGAUCUUGCAUGUCAAUGGAUUUAAUGCAGAGGAGAAAAAAAUGAAAAUUCAGGAUAUUAAAAACAAUAUUAAAGAAGCUAUAGAGACAAUAGUGACAGCAAUGGGAAACCUGGCACCUCCAGUUGAACUAGCCAAUCCAGAGAAUCAGUUUCGAAUUGACUAUAUAUUAAAUUUAGCAAGCCAGAUAGAUUUUGACUUCCCACCAGAGUUCUAUGAACAUACAAAAACACUUUGGCAAGAUGAAGGUGUGAAAGCCUGCUACGAGAGAUCUAAUGAAUAUCAGUUGAUCGAUUGUGCACAGUAUUUUCUAGACAAGAUUGACAUAGUCAAGCAAAAUGAAUACACACCGUCUGACCAGGACCUUCUUAGAUGCAGAGUUCUGACAUCAGGAAUAUUUGAAACCAAGUUUCAGGUGGACAAAGUAAACUUCCACAUGUUUGAUGUUGGUGGGCAAAGAGAUGAACGCCGAAAAUGGAUCCAGUGUUUUAAUGAUGUGACUGCUAUCAUAUUUGUGGUGGCCAGCAGUAGCUACAAUAUGGUUAUACGGGAGGACAAUCAGACCAACCGGCUUCAAGAAGCAUUAAACCUUUUCAAGAGUAUCUGGAACAACAGGUGGCUACGGACCAUUUCAGUAAUUCUUUUCCUGAACAAGCAGGAUUUGCUAGCAGAGAAGGUUUUGGCAGGGAAAUCUAAGAUUGAAGACUACUUUCCAGAAUUCGCUCGCUACACUACACCAGAUGAUGCAGCAAUACCGGAACCUGGUGAGGAUCCUAGAGUUACAAGGGCCAAGUAUUUUAUUAGAGAUGAAUUUCUUAGAAUCAGCACAGCAAGUGGAGAUGGAAGACACUACUGCUACCCUCACUUCACCUGUGCAGUGGAUACAGAAAACAUCCGGAGGGUUUUCAAUGACUGUCGGGACAUUAUCCAACGGAUGCACCUUCGUCAAUAUGAGUUAUUGUGAUGGAGAGCACUUUUUCUCUGUUUUGGACUCCUUAUUCCUUAUUAAAAAGAAAAAAAAACCUUGCCCAGAUAGGGUGGAAGAAAAACUGUUGCAAUCUCCCUCUGAUUUGCAUCCCUCAACCUUUUCUCCUUGCUGGACAAAUAGCAGCACUUCUAAGCUUGCUUGUUUCACCCCCUUGGAACAGUUUGAGACGGCCCAUGAAAUGUAAAAGGCCAUUUCUGCGGGCGGGGGGGCGUUUUUUCUCUUAACACUGUCAUUAACAAAAUAAUAAUAAUAAAUAAUAAUAAUAAUAAUAAUAAAUAACACCCUGAAAGUGGAACACCUGAGAGGAUUUGGGAUUAAAGUUAAAUAUUAAAAAAACAAAAAGAGAAUAUGGGAGAGAGAACUUUAGGUAAUUCGCACUGUUGUGGGCAUAAUCCUAUAUCCCAUGAUUUCAACUUUGUUAUCCAUUCACUGCAUCAGACUCAAGAAGGUGCCAAGUCACAGACCAAGUUGAAAGGAUAGGCGCUUGAGUUUGGUUCUCUGCCUCUGAAUGUGACUUGUGAGCGGAAAUACUGACAAUUCUACAGCAGAUCUAGACAGUAGAAAACCAACUGCUACCUUCAGAAAGGUGUUGUUGAACCAUGGCGGUCCUAUGGUGACCAGGGACAUUGCUAAAUGAACUGCAUUAUGGCCUGUGAUUGCAGAAAGAGUUAACCACACACUGUUUUUUCAGUUUGUCCACUGAUGAUCCUGUUUGCUAUAUACAUAUAUAUAUAUACAUAUAUAUAUAAAUCAUUAUCUGGACUGUCGUCCUCACAAUCUCCCCUUCUUUCUCUCUCCCCUUCUCCUUCUAUUGCCUUCCCAUAACCUCUCUUCCCAAUUUUUAUUUUACUGCUGGAUUAUUAUUCUUGUACAGACUGUAAAAUGUAUUAUUUUGUACAACUUUAUUGAAAAAAAAAUAACUUGUAGAAGAUCUUUGUGCCUUGAUUAUGGCUGUACCCGUGCAAUGAGCUAAGAUGUAAGUAUGUUUGAUUGCGCUGUACAGCUUUGUCAACCCUAUCUGCAGCAGUUGCUCAAGGUAGGGAAAAUUUAUCUGUAGUUUAGGGUUUUUUCUGGUUUAUAAAAGGAGGAGGAGAAAAAAUACUGUUUAGUAUAUAAAAAAAAAGUACAAAUCGUGCAAACGUAACCACUUUAAAAGUGAGGUCUACAACAAGUGACCAGAUAUUGCAGCAUCAUGCUUUUUAAUUUUUAGCUUUAACUCAUUUAAAUCUCUAUCCAAAUGCAAAACAUGGCUUGUUUCUACAUAAACCAAAUUUUGCUACAAAUUAUAAAUGUUAGUCUUUGUCAUUCAUAGUCUUUUUUUGUGCAAAAGGACAAAAACAGAACAAAAAAAGCAAACACACAGAAAUUGCACAGGCCUGGUGGCCGUCUCUGUGCCAGGUCACCUGCUUUUCCACCGCCACUAUUUCUGCGUGGGCAUAAGACUCCCAUAAUUGCAACGUAAUUACCUUGCCCCUGGAUUCGGCCACUUGAUUUCCGUUUCAAACGACAUUUUAUUUCUCUUUUAAUAAAGAGAGACUUUAAAUUUUUGUUUUAUAUUAACUAUAUAAGUAGCUUAAAGUUGAAGAGUGUGGAUUUUUUUUCUUAAACUUGAAUAAUUUAUGCAAAUCAUAUGCUUAGAACAACAUGUGGUACAGUUUUUUUAACAAAGAGCAAAAAUCACUGUAGCAAUAAGAAAGCAUGUAAUUUUAGUAACUACACCGCUUUAUAUUUUAUACUUAGGUGUUUUAGGUGUUUUAUGUCUUUGUGUGCGUAUUACUUUUUCAUGUGUCUGAACCUACAUGUACAAAUUUGUACAAAGUCUAAAAUUACCGCUGUAAUAACACAUCUAGAUCAACUACAUUAACUCAAGCCACCCCCUUUGCCCCACCCUGAAAAAUGGGGCGAGGGGGGGGAAACUAGAUUCCAAUACAUCGAUUAUUUUUUUAAUUGCCUUUUUUUACACGUUGGCUUAUUUUACAACCAUCAGACAUGACAUUAGUUUCUCUCUUGGGAAGAAGUCCCACUUUAGAAGCUGUGCUGUGGCCAAUAAUUCCUGCAAGUGCCAGAAACAUUAACAUUAAGAACCACAGGUGUUCAGGAUCGUGACAAGGACAGGUGUAAUUAAUUCUCGUAGUGGGGGUAUGGGAAAUUCCCUGUCUCCUUUAAUAUACGCAGAACAGGUCUGAACCAUUCACCCAGGUAGAACAGAAACAAUUGCAUUGUUCACUGCAAAACACACACACACACUUCAAUGCUGUGAAAGUGAGGGAUGGGGGGGACAAGCACAUGCCAUUGAGACUUUCUUUCCGGUUCCCAUUGCUGCAGUGUCCAAGGCCGAUGAGAGCCAAGCCCCGCCUGAUUUUUUUAAAAAAAACUACCGGUAGCUUGCCUCGUCAGAUGUGUGGACUGCAGUUGGAAGCCCUAGCUGUGUCUGCAAUUCCCUCAGGCUCCCAUAAUAGCUCCUUUGGAUAGCAGCCUGGGCCUGCAGUGUAGCCAAUUCAAAUUUAGCAGGCGGUCCGUUUUAAGGUUCUAGGAUGAGCUGCCUUGCGAUCCGUUGCAAAGCCUGUUCCAGAAACACACCUUUGCCAGUAUAAGACUUAGCUAGUGCCUGAUGGAAUUUCAUAGAGCAGAACACACACACACACACACACACACACUUUAAAAUGUGAGCCUUAAUUUUUGCUAUAAAAGUUUUUUAAAAAAUAAUCUAAGUUUAGUGCCAAACCUAUAUUUAUUACCUCUUAAAUCUGGGGGUGGGGGUGGGGGUGGGAGAGAUAAUACAAUAAACAAAUCAAUAAGGAUAGAAACCCUUUGCAAAGAAAGAACUGAGAAAAACAAAAGCAUCGCCUUUUAUUAAACAGUUGCAAAGACCCCCUUCCAUUGGUGAAGAGAUUAAGCAAGUAUAUGUAACAAAGGGUGCGUGUGCAUGCCGUACACGGGCACACGCCAUUUAAAAUACACCACCUAUAAAGCUUUAUAUGAAUGGAAAUGUUUGAGAUCCUUUUUUUAAGUUGGGUGGGUGAAGGGAGUGUUUUGGAACCAGUUUCGGCUGCACAUGAAUGGAGAGUGGUGUGUGUGUGUGUGUGUGUGUGUGUGUGUGUGUGUGUGUCAUCUCAGUAUUGCCUCUGUUAGUCUGUCUCUUAUGUUUUCGCAGUUUGGUGGUCUGGUAAAUGCAAGUCUUAUUUUAACAGCUUCUUCUCUUUGUUUUGUUUUUAUUUUUAAUACAAAAAACCCAUAAAGCUUU